AAAGAAGAAGAAAAACUCCUCCCAAAACUUGUCAACUUCCCCAAAUUCCAUCCAUAUAAACCGGUAACGCGUUCGCUGACCGUCACCCACUAACCAAGCUCAACACUGGAAGUAAACUAAACCUUAAGAGUAGAAGAUGUUGGGGUCUCUGUGCGCUCUGCUGCUGUUGGGGUCCAGCCUCAGUCUGCCUCUUGAUCUGGGCGCUCGAUGGGAGCAGUGGAAGAUCACACACAACCGACGCUACGGUGGACAGGAGGAGGAGUCGUGGCGCAGGACCGUGUGGGAGAAGAACUACAGACAGGUGGAGGCUCACAACAGAGAGGCUGACCUGGGCCUGCACACGUACUGGCAGGGCAUGAAUCAGUUCAGCGACUGGACAUCUGAGGAGUGGGCGAUGUUCGUCACUGGGAUCCCCCGUCAGGUGAAGAGAAACUCCAGUAACCUCAUGUCUUUCGAUGAGGCCGAUGUGCAGCGGCUGCCCAAGAUGGUGGACUAUCGCAAGAAGGGCAUGGUCACCCCCAUCAAGAACCAGGGCUCGUGUGGCUCCUGCUGGGCCUUCAGCUCGGCCGGGGCUCUGGAGGGGCAGUUGGCCAAACAGACGGGUCAGCUGAUGGACCUGAGCCCUCAGAACCUGGUGGACUGUGUGACGGAGAACAGCGGCUGUGGAGGGGGAUACAUGACCAACGCCUUCAGAUACGUGGAGCAGAACGGAGGUAUCGACUCCGAGCAGGCCUACCCCUACGUCGGAGAGGAUCAGCCGUGUCGCUAUAACUCCAGCGGUAUGGCAGCCCAAUGCAAAGGCUUCAGAGAGAUCCCUGUGGGCAACGAGCACGCACUCGCUGUGGCCCUGUGGAAAGUGGGGCCAGUGUCAGUGGGCAUCGACGCCACUCUCAACUCCUUCCAGAUGUACCAGAAAGGUGUGUACUACGAUCCGAGCUGUAACCAAGAAGACAUCAAUCACGCCGUGCUGGCAGUGGGCUUCGGAGUCACCGUCAAAGGGAAGAAGUACUGGAUCGUAAAGAACAGCUGGGGAGAGGAGUGGGGCAACAAGGGCUACAUCCUGAUGGCACGUAACCGCGGCAACCUGUGCGGUAUCGCCAACCUGGCCAGCUACCCCAUCAUGUGAUCAUCCACGCAUAGGCUCCAGCGGGCAAUGCUCCAAUCAAAGAACUGUACAAGUGAAAUCUGCAGUGUCCCAAAGCACCAGGAGAAACAAGUCCAUAAAAGCAGAUGACAUGAGAAUGUCAAAAAUGAAUGUCAAAUAUGUUUUUGUUGUUGUUGGUUUUUGUUUUAAUCAGACAUGCAUUUAAUAUAAUUACACAGAGAUACACUCAUCUACCUUUUAGAUCAAUUCAAUUCAGAAAUUUGUUCUUGAAAGAUUAAAUAUUCGUAUUAUGUAGUGUGAUGUCCCUUAUUAUCUGUGACAACGCAAAUUUUGAGCCCCGUGUCCCAUCAGACUGAUCCAAAAGAAGAAAGAUAAAACCAAUCAAUCUUGCUUUGCCUGGAAUGUUCCACAGUAUAACAUUAAACAGCUCAACCUUACAUUUAUUCAGUUACAGGUGGUUUUAUAGCUCAAAAACACCUAGAGAUACAGGCUUCUGACUGUGAGUGGGGUCGCCUCUCCACAGACCUGACUUGUAACUUGGACUGGUUUGGUCUCCAUGAAGAUAGAAAAGUUUAAUACCAUGCUGUGAAACAUUCCAGACAAAGCAAUAACAUCUCCAUGGAGAAAAGCAUUUAUUGGACCCUCCACCAGAAAAGUUACUCAAUGUACCUUUAAUUAAAAAGAAUAAAAUGAAUGUGGUAGUGAAGAGCGUUGCUGGGCAAUGACUCGAUUUGUCAGUCUGAAACUCUGCUUUGAUACUUGAUAUUUUAUGGUGACUGUGUUUUUAUGAAUUUUAAUAAAAGUUUUGUUUGAACCAA